AUGUCGUCGGGUACUGUUCACUUCCCCGCCAUUCUUGUAACCGUCACCUGUAAUCCGCGCAGGUGUGUCCGCACCCCCCUGAGUGGACGAGAAAGAAAGGAUUUCUCGGAGCAACCCCGGUUCCAGACCCAGGAGUCAACUUUCCCGUAUGAGCAUUCGAUAGGUCGUCUGAGGGUUCGCCGCGGUUCAUUGCUGUGCUUACACACAAGGCUACCCUUCUCCGAAAGCUACGCGGGACCACCUACCACUAGUCUUCGGCCGGAGGGGUUUAUUGCACAAACGCCGGGACGCAGGCUCCCGAAGAGGGAAGCCCAACGAAUGUCAGAUGCAAAGUUCCGCACCUCAUUAAGAUCAUAUUGGCAUACUCUCCUAAAAAAAAAAGAGCAGACCCCAUUGAAGACGAGAGUAAGGGGUUCCUCCAAGGCCAUUUCUGUCCACCGCCCUUCUCACGGAACCGUACGUGGACGUUACCGCUCAUACAGCUCCCAGCCAGCAAGAGUUAGCCUUCCUCUACAAGAAAUGGAAAUGUGGAUGAAUCGAAUGAAAUCGAGGAAUUCGGUUUUUCUUUUCAGACAUGAUAAAGUGGAUCAGGACGAGAAUGAAUCCGGGAAUCCAGGGCAUACUCAUCCUGGAGCUUCCGCUCUCCUCUGGGAAGGGCUUUUUUAUGGAUAG